ACAAUUUCAAUCAUAGCGUCUUUGGAUUUAUUAUUCGAAUAAGACAAGAGUCAAGAUGGAGCUCAGCGGUUUGCCCCAAGAAAUUCAUCAUGCAAUUUUCAAACAUUUGGGACACGAGGAGUUAGAGAACUUGGCAUUACUGCACAACUCUCGAAUUCAGCAAUCGCUCGAGAGCAUGUGGGUCAAAACCAAAGUGUGUGGAAUUUGGAACUACUACAGUGAUAACUUCUGGCUGACUCUUCACUCCAUGACCGGAAAUCUUCGUCGUAAACAGUUUCAUCUCGGUUCCACACCGAAUUCUCAUCUCAUCAGGGAAUAUAUUCCAAGUCCAGGACGAGAGACAAAAGCACUGGAGGUUAUAGCUCAACACAAAUUUAGAACGAUGAGCGGAUCAAACAUUGACCCUUUGCGAACACCACCUUCACUCUCAGUCAUUUUUGAUCCGACAAACGAUGGCAUUCCAGUGAAAUUAACCCUGAAUCGUAUCCAAGGUGAUCCUAAUGAGAUAUUACUUAGCCGAACCCAUGGGCAUUACUUGCUCCUACAGUCUCCAACUAGACUUUUCUUCUUGGAUGUCAAGGCUCAAGAACUUCUCUGGCAUCGACGAUACAUUCAUCAUAACAACGAUGGCCAGGCUCUGGAUUUUGUAGUCAAUGAUAAGGGCAUUUUUCUCACCAUGAAGAAAACCAGUACUCGUGGCAUAUUCAUCAUCAUGGUUCAAUUCGGCUUUGACAACGGUGACAUCUCUGCCUUGCAAGCCAAGCAAAGCUUGGACUUUAUUUUUGAUUCAACGGAUACCGGGAUCAUCAUGAAUGCCAGGAGAGGAAGGGUGCGACGGCGAUUCUACAACUGUUUCCAAUUGGAAGAUGUCUUGAGCACGUGGUUAGAUGGCGAUCGGCUCUUGGUGUUGGUGAAGGUGGGCCAUGUCUAUCGAGUGCUCUCCGAAUCAUUGGCGGAAGAAACGCAACAAGCGAUGAGAUGCGAGUUCAUUGUCACAACAGAUAUUUGAAGUCGGAAAUGCUCCAUCCACUCAGUCAUGCAACGGGAAAAUAUUGCAAUGCAACAAAGACAUGUGAUGCGCAUCGGUGAUAAUCGUACAUCUUUCUCUUUUUUUAGAUAAUAAAAAUUCCCUCUAUU